AUUUUUCCCACAUUAUUAACAGGAGAAAAAAUUUGGCUUUCGGGAUGUUGUCCAUCCCGCGGUCUCGAUUAGAAAGUCAGCUUUUUUAAACAGUACUGGAAGGAACGCAAAACGCAGUAAACUAAGCCUCAUUCUCGAGUUUAUUGCAUCUGCUCUGUGACUGUGUCAGCUGCAACUCCGUUCAGUACGACAGCUGCACGCGUAUUUUUAUAUUAAGCCUCCCGUCUUUUACAAUGCGUCGCACCACAGAUGCUUUGACGACGUCGCAAAAAGACCGCGUCAAAAGCGUCCGGGAGAAAUGGCAGAACAGAGUCGAGAAACAGAAAGACCAACAGGCGAAGCAACCAGGGCAGGCACCAGCAGCCCGUGUGCGCGAGCGCUCGACCCCGCGCGCGGGGGACACUAGGCAGUCUGUCGGAGGAAACCAGCGCGAGGUCGCUCGGGGAAAUCGCGAAGAUCAUGCCGACCAGCGGGAGGUCGACGCGCACAGUGCUGCACGAGAAGAAAUGGACACCGAAGUGCAAGAGAACAGCCCGGCUGUAGUUCAAGGGCUAGAUGUUGACGCUAAUAACAACGCUGCAGAAAAAAUGGACACCGACGCGCAGGAGAGCCCGCUUCUGGGUGCAGGCCGAGAUGACCUCAACAACAACGCGGCACAGGUAGCAUCUUCUUCCUCUAGUGCCCGCUUGGCAGACCGCGCCGGUGCAGCAAACCCUUCCAGCAGCAACAGAGCGGCGACACCAGAAGCAUCGCCCCCGCCGCGCGUGCCGCAAGCCGCUGCUGCAGCUUAUCCAGUGCAAGUAUCUAUCUGGUGUGCUGGAAACUCGUAUUUGAACUGGUUCUUUGUGACAAGAACUCAUAAGUAGUUGCGCUGCGAUAUGCAGCCGAGCUUGACCCCGCUUUUGACUGCGUAUAAUUCCGGAUCAUGGCAGUCUGCGUUUAUUUCGCACCACAGGGAAAUAACGGAUUUAGUUCCCUUUUCUUUGCAUCGCGGAGCUGCGCAGGCUCAUGUCAGGAAGGGCAUGAGAAAUCUUGUACUUAAUUCUGCAGGAGACCAGACAUGUUUGCACUACAUACAGCUGCAGACACGAGCCCACCGCGGAUCUUCCGAAACGAGGAGGAUAUCUUGCAGAAAAGUGACGAGGCCAAUACCAUUUUCAAAAGCAUUUGCGCUGCCCCACAAAGAAAGUACUUCUAGCACUUACACCACGGUCACAAGUCUUUUUAUGUUUUUAUUUCUAAUAUAUAGGGUUGUAUGUUUUCGUACGUAUUUACCAGAGGUGAAUAUCAAUAUUGGCAGAGGCUAAUAAAUCUGUUCGAGGACCAACUCGCUAGAAGUCGGGAGGUCAAUGGCACCUCUCCACUUCGAAAUGGAGGGCGCAGGCCGCAGCCUCAUGUUGAACGAGAGGAAGUAUUAUUUUACCUCUCUGGCUGUGGUCGCCGCGCAGCACAUAAUUUUAUUUCGAGAAACCAGUUCGAAUGCAGCAACGUCCUAACGUAUUUUUUUUGUCAUGGUUGGGUUGUCACGACCUUUUCUGCAGGACACACAAACGCGCAUAUUACCAUAUUGCAAGGAAAAAUCCCCCCUCCCCAUAUUGAACGCGCAUCCUCCUGAGAAUUUGUGAUGCAGAUUUGUGAACAUAAAUCGGGUCUGUCUUUCAAGGAGACACGCUCAGGCUGUCCGCCACGUUAUGCAGGCGAUUUGUAAUGCUGUGACGCCUACAGGGUAGCCGUCUACCAUGCUAGGCACCUACACCAAAAGGCCCUUACCUAGGCUUCGGAUCUGCGUGCGUUUCGAUAUAAGGAGAAGGGAUUUUUCCUUUUGAUACUCGAUUGGCUCUUGUUUGACGAUAGCGACGAGGAGGAAGACGCGACCAACCAACCUAUGCAUUGCAAAAGUAUCGCACUAGUAAAAAUAGCAUUUUACAAAUUGAGAUAAGUAGCAAUACAAAUUGAAUUUGUAACGCGGAUUCGCCUUGAGAGAAAUUAUUGUAUAAAUGAAUAAACUGGAUUAGUACGAGCACGAUACUUUUGCACAGGAUGACACCGCAGCACCAGCAAGAUCGAAGUGGUGCAUCAGAGACGCAGCCGAUUUUUGCUGGCGAGGGUGUUAUGAGAGUGCACAAUUCGUGUUUCCCAACCUCAUAUGUCAUGCAAAGUUGCAGGAAGUGACUUUGACUUAUCAAGUGCAACUAUGUCUGGGUCUGGAAGACAGCGAGGUCUGGCAUGCUGGUCUGGUACUAUGACCAAAAAGUUUGUGAUGCGUAUCCCUGCAACACUCCAGGAAACCGGACUCCAUUCCUUGUCUGGGUUUGUCGUGCGGACGCUACAUUUGGAGUGUUGUAGCUUCUGUUGCUGUUCAUGCAGCACAAGUGAGGAGGGGGGCCGGUUGUGCACUUUCAUAUUGGAAGAUCGUGCUCGCGAACCUGCUGCCGGCGCAGGGGACCAAGAGCUUUCUUCCCCACGGGUCGCUACGCAACCUGCCGAGCCGCGCUCCCCGUCCCCGCGAAAUGAGGAUCUGACCGAGUCCCAGAUGUCCUUCGGGGUGGAACAGUUGGGCUACAGGGCCGUGUUUCCGAGUGGACAGCGGUCGCCGAAGUCCGAGCGUGAGUUCCGCCGGCAGGUGCGAGCGAUGAAGCGCGCUGCGGACCAAGGCGGUCGCUCUACUGCCGGCACGUCGUCUUCCUCCUCCUCUUUUCCGCCGGGGUCCCGGGCCUCCUCGUCCACCUCCAGCGGGUAGCGGAAAAACAAACUUGUUGCAGGUACCAGGAUAAGGAAGGACCGUGUCAGUGGCACGUUCCUCGCAGAAGACAACCACUAAAACAUCAGGAAAACGGCGGCCCCGACCGAACCGAAAAAACAAAAGCGCACCAAGGCGAAUUGCAUUACCGCAGAGCAGAAGACCUCAAGAUGUCCAUUUGUGAAUUGAGAAACCGGAAUUGGAUCUGUACGAGUCCGGAGGAAUAGGUUGUAUUUUUUCUGUACGAAGCCGGAGUUGUAUUUUCAGACCCGCUAUGAAGUGUCCAGAGAUUUCACGCGUGUGCUUUGUUACUUAGCAAUGCGAU